AUGAGUAAACUAUUAGAGAAAAUAGUAUACAACAGAUUAUAUUGGUUUGCGAAUAAACAUAACCUUCUAUCACCCCUUCAACAUGGAUUUAGAAAACACCAUUCCACCACUGAUUGCCACGUUAAAUUAGAGUCAGAAAUACUGGACACAUUGGCUAAUAAACAAAUAAUGAUUCUUAUCAGCUUAGAUUUACAAAAAGCUUAUGACACCAUUUGGCGUCAUAGAGUAAUUGAAUUGCUUAAACAAUGGAACAUUCUCGGUAAUAUGAUAAAAUACCUAACUAACUUCUUAAGUCAAAGAACUUUUCAAUUAAAAAUCAGGGAUUUCACCUCUAAUACCUUUGUAUUAGAAAAUGGAGUACCUCAAGGAUCUCCGCUCAGUGUCUUCUUAUUUCAAACUGCCAUCAACAGCCUUCCCGACUUCAUACCAAAACCAAUCAAAUCAAUCAUCUUUGCUAAUGAUACACACAUCUACGUCAGAGGAAAUUCAAUCCCUUCAAUAACUAAAGUACCACAAGACUGUCUCAAUGAACUGUCAAAAUGGUGUCAUAAUUCAGGCUUUAUCUUUUCUUCUCACAAAACCAAAUGUAUUCUUUUUUCCAACAAAAGGAACAUAACCAAAUCCAAAAUCUAUUUAAAUACUAUCUGUUUACCUUUUACUGAAAACAUCACUGUUCUUGGCCUUACCUUCGACUCUAAAUUAACAUGGAAACCAAACAUUCUGAAAACCGAAAAAUCAGCAUAUAAAAACCUAAGAGUAAUCAAAACGCUUAGUCAUCUUGAAUGGGGCGCCGAGUACUCCAUUUUAUUAAAUCUAUAUAGAUCACUAGUUAGAUCAAAACUUGACUACAGCUCAAUCUGCUACGGAAACUCUAAUCGUAAUAUAGCCAAAUUACUUGACCAUAUUCAUAACACCGGUAUAAGAUGUGCAACGGGAGCCUUCAGAAGUAGCCCUAUCACCAGCUUAUUAGCCAUCACUGAGGAACCUCCACUUCACUAUCACAGACUAAGACUAUCACUCAAAUAUAUAACCAGAAUUUUGUCUACUCCAGUUAAUUCAACUAUUCACUAUCUAAAUAUAAACCAUUCUUCAUCUGUAUACGAUUUAAACACGAAUCUCAGAAAACCACUAAGAUCAAGACUUUGCAAAGAAAUGUCCGACAACAACAUCUCCUCUGACACUAUCCUUCAAUAUGAAACCAGCUUUACCCCGUCGUGGAUUUUACAAAACUACGAAAUUGAUACCAGUCUUAGUGCCCAUGUAAAAAAAGAAACACCCGAAAUAGUCUAUCGAAAUGUAUUUAAUGAACUAAUUCAUAUGGAUAACCCCAAUAAAUCUCAAAUCUAUACUGUUGCAUCGAAAACUUCAACAGGCAUAGGUCUAGCAGUUAUACACAAUAGUUCUACUCAAAUAUUCAAGCUAAAUAGUCAUAGCAGCAUUUAUACAGCUGAAUACAUAACUCUCUUAAAAGGAGUACAAACAGCUGUCAAUUCAAAUUUUGACAGAAUCGAUAUAUGGAACGAAGAAGCUGACAAAGCAGCUCGAAAUGCUGUAAGUAACCCCAACGCCUUAACACUUGCUCUUAUGUCACCAGUGGAUAUAUUCAGGAACGUUGAUAAAUACUGCAUACAAUUAUGGGACUCAGAUUGGCGUCAAGUUACUGAUAACAAACUUAGAGAAAUCAAAUAUUCAGUCGAACCUUGGCCAAAACACAACUUCUCUAAUCGAAAAGAAGAAAUCAUUAUUAACCGACUAAGAAUUGGCCACACAAGAGUCACUCACGAUUACCUCAUGAAAAAAACUGAACCUUCAUUAUGCCGCUCUUGCAAUUUGCCCAAUACAGUCAAACACAUUCUCAUCCACUGCCAAAUAUUCUCAGAGGCCAGAAAUGAAUGUAAUGGACAAUCAUGA